AUGGGCAACACUCAAAUGGCCAUUGAAUUCCUACAACUCAUGGAAAAAGGAAAAAGAUGUGAGCCGAAUAUUAAUUUAUACAAUACCAUCAUUGAUAGCUUGUGCAAGGAUAAAAUGGUUGAUGAAGCUCUUGGCCUCUUACAGGAGAUGAUUGAAAGAGACAUUCCCCCGAAUGUUGUGACUUACAAUUGUUUGAUUCAGGGUCUGUGUAACUUAAGCAUAUGGAAGGAGGUUAAAAGGCUCUUCUCUGAUAUGAAGGAUUAUAAAAUUGUUCCAGACGUUUUUACUUUCAGUAUUGUGGUGGACGCACUAUGUAAGGAAGGGCAUAUAGAAGAUGCUGAAAAGGUAGUCUGGAUCAUGAUCCAACAAGGUCAAAAUCCCAACCUGGUCACAUAUAAUUCCUUAAUGGAUAGGUACUGUUUACAGAGGCAAAUAGAUGAAGCAAGGAGAGUUUUCGAUACCAUGGUUGCUAGCGGCCUUACUCCAGAUGCUCAUAGCUAUGGUAUUUGA